AUGGCGUGCUCCAAGGCGAUGGGCAUGGCCCUGCCACCCGGUUCAGCGCUGCUGUGGAAAGCCCCGUCGAGCCCUGGUUUCUUGGGCGACCCUGGACCGGUUGGGGAGAAAGGAGAGAAGGGAGUGAAGGGGAUGUCAGGUCUGAAGGGUGUGAUGGGCUUCCAAGGUCCCGUGGGGCCAGAGGGAGAAGGUGGCUCAGUGGGUCCCCCGGGCCCUGCCGGCCCCAUGGGAGAGCCGGGCCAGCCAGUCGGAUGCCGAGGCAUCAAUGGCUCUCAGGGAGAAAUGGGCCCUCCUGGCUUGCCUGGCCCCCGGGGCCCCAAGGUUCAAAAGGCACCCAAGGAGACCGGGGCUGUCGAGGUCCGGGUGGAGCCAAGGGAGACCUGGGAGCCAAAGGAGACAAGGGUCCACGCGGAGCACAAGGAGCAAAAGGGCCCCCAGGGAUUCGGGGCCAGGUCGGCUUGCAGGGCUUUCCCGGCCCCCGAGGAGCAGCGGGGCCCCAGGGACCAGAUGGAGGCCGAGGACCUGAUGGCCCGAAGGGAAGCCCAGGACCACGGGGAGCCCGGGGCCGCGUGGGUCAGCGUGGGCUGGUCGGAGUCCCUGGGCUGCCCGGGCUGCCUGGGAAGCCUGGCUCAGAGGGGCCGCAAGGACCUGUUGGCACCUAUGGCUACCCCGGACCUGCCGGCGACCGCGGGAGGCCAGGGCGCAGGGGAGACAAGGGAGAAAUGGGAGCCCGAGGCCCACUGGGAUUUCCAGGAAAAGCUGGCCCCAAGGGAGAGGGGAGCAGUCAGGGCUGCGGCACGGGGCUCUGAUGGCUCUCUCCUCCCCCAGGCCGUGCCAGGUCCCCCCGGUCCACGCGGCGCUCCCGGCUCCCAGGGACGGGAAGGUCCAAACGGACCUGAAGGGCCUUUGGGGAUGAGAGGAGAGAAGGUAAGGACAGAGAAGGGUGAUGCGGGAGAUCCCGGGGAAGCUGGCGUCAGCGGGCUGGAUGGCGAGCAGGGACCACCGGGACCACCGGGAGCGGAGGGUCAGCCGGGGCCCAAAGGCGAGCAGGUCGGUUCCCGCUGGGUGCUGGGGGUGAUACCGCCGGCGGUCCUGCUGCUGCAGGUGCAGCUAGGCACCUAA